AUGUUCGCUUGGUUGGCUUUUAGCAGUUUAGUGGUAACUGUAAUCAGCGGAUUGGGAGAGUUGGAGGUUUGUAAUGAUGUCAAUAAGACAACGUAUCUAAGGACGGAGAAGGUGUUGACGAUUGAAGAACCUCUGGCACUGCUAACAGAUGUCACGUUGAGUCACUGUGCUAAAGAGUGUACGAGGAAUAGUAAUGUAAGUUUGUGGUGGUUUUAAGUUUAAAUUGUUGUUCUUUUUAUAUUUCAAUAUUUAAAAACAUGCCAAUUUUAUUAUUUUAGGUAUAGUUUUAGCUUUUUUCUUUAAUUUUUAAUUAAUUUUAGCACUUUUUACUGUAUUAUUGUAGGGAGUGGAAUGUAAAACUUUUGAAUACAACGCCCAGCGGCAAACCUGUGCCUUGAAAAGGAAUUCAGCUCAACCGGUUGGGAAAGCUGUCUUGAUGCCAGCUACGACUAAUGGGCUGGCAUUGUUCCAGCAAAUUUGUAUUCCAAGUAGGUUUACUUUACUUUACAAUGUAAGAAAUACAUUUUGGUUUUAAAUGCUACAAAAUUUGGCUACAAAUUGUUUGUGUAGUUUUGGCUUAUGAUAUUGUAGUAGUUUGUCAAUUUUUACGUAACAAAUGGUGAUUUUUAAAAAGUUCUGACUAUGAAUGCAAAGUAAUGUAAACUAUAACUUCAGCAAACAACUUAUGUGUAGCACCGUACAGUUUCGAGCGAUUUCCUCAAAAGGUUCUGACCGGUCAUGCGAUGGAAGUUAUCCUAGUCAAAAGCCUAUCUCAAUGUCUUCAAGAAUGUCUGGAGUCAAGGGAACGGAUGCAUAUUGACUGUAAGAGUGUCAUGUAUUACUACGAGACAGGAGAGUGUAUUAUGAACAGAGAACAACGUAAAACAGCACCACACAUGUUUUCGUCUGAUACCAAGUUUCAACUGGUCGAUUAUUUUGAGAAUAACUGUUUUGAUGGUAAGUUCUUGAGGUAAAGGAUGUUCUUUAGGUAAAAGGUAGCUUGAGUUAGGGAAAAUACAUUUAAAAGGGAUUUUUUUGUAAAUAUUAUACAUUAUGUUAACUUUGCUGUUGUAGUUCAAUGUGCAGAAGGCUACAAAGUGCAUUGGAUUCGUAUGGAUGACUUCGAGAUAGGAGAAGAUAAAGAUGUUAUAAUGGGAGGAUUGUCUAAUGAAGAGUGCAAGAAAGCAUGUAACGUAUGUUAACUUAAAUAGCUAACGAUGAACACUGAUCAUGCAUUAGUUGCUACAUAUAUACUUAUAAAAUACUUAUUCUGUUCCAAUAUGAAAUUUUUUCUUUUCUAAUAUCAUAAUUUUUUCACUGUGGUCGAUAAAGGUACUAUGAUAUAGCCAUUGCAUUGCAGGACAACAUGGUAGGAUCAGAAGUGUUUCCAUGCAAAGCUUUUGUAUAUACAUCGACCAAGAAGGAGUGUAGAUUGUCAGCAGAGACGGGCAUGUUAAUAUCAUCUAAAAAGAGCUCAACUGGAGCUCUGAUCUCAGAGUUGAGUUCAAUAUCAGCUGGACAAUACCUGGAAAAGUUUUGUUUGCAAGGUAAAAUACGGCAUAACACAUAAUUUAUUUAUUUUACAUUUUUACCAUUAAUAUUACAGUAAAUUGGGUUUUUUGGUUUUGAAAACUUAAAAUUUGAUCCAGGAAGUAAAAUUUAUAUUAUUAUUGUGAUAAAUUUGAAUUUAGGACCAGCAAAAUGUAAAGACACGUCAUUUGACAUGAUUCCUAAUAGAAUGUUGGACAUAAGAGAGAAGGUGAUACCCACAAACAGCCUCAGCGAAUGUCUUUAUCACUGCUUGCAAUUGGCUGAAGAUUGUAAUUCUGUCAUGUUUUUUAAAGAUACGGUAGGCUUUAUGUUAUGAUACUGUUUUAUAUCCUUAUUUUAAUAUUUUAUAUUCUUAAAGAAACAUUUUGUAAAGUAAAAUACGAGAAGACUGUUAAACAAGCUAAAAAAGUUUAAAUGAUGUUUUAGGAUGAAUGUGUCUUGAACAAAAAGUCCCAAUUCUCUGAUCCAGACUUAUUUAAAUCAUCUACUAAAGUCGACUACUUUGACAAUGUUUGUGAUUAUGAAGUACGACCGGUAAAGUCGGUUGAGGAUACUGUAACUUCACUGACGGAUCCACCCAAAAUGAGGCCAAUGUUUAUGCCUAAUAUGUUGGUUACUGUAGAGAAUACGGUAGCUACAAAAAGCGGAGAAAAAGUAACUACAGUAGGAAUACAGGCAGAUGAGGUUACGGUAGCUACUACGCCUGCUCGGAGUAAAAAUGGAUGUGAGUCUUGGAUAUUUGGAAGUUCAAGUUUUGUUGAUGUGACUUAUGCUUACACAACUGACUUUUUAACUGUGAAUUGUCAUAUCUUAAAUUUCGAUUUCUUAAAGAAUAUUGAAGCUUGUAUUUUACAGUAAUCGAGACCGACUGUCGUCUAGACGGUAUCCAAGUAGAUGCCCACUUUGAAGAACUUUCAUCUGGAGCUAUUUUCAUCAAAGAUCACUCUUCGACCUGUCGAAAUACGUUUGAAGAUGUAAAAGCAGCCAGGUUGGAAAUACCGUAUCCUUCCACAUUGGACAGUAACCCUGAUUGUCCUGGAAUGGAGUUGGCUCCAAGCUUGUGGUCAUUCAUUGUUGUUGUACAGAAGAAUUCAAUGGGAAUACCAUCGUUGAUGACCGGGCAGGAUCGUAUCUUCAACGUAACCUGUGAUUACUCCAAUAUUGUGAAGAGCAGCGACAGGAAGACAGUGUAAGAUAUUGAAAAGUUUAGAAGGCUUUUGUUAUAGUCAAUGUUCAUAUACAGAAGGUGUUUUUUAUUGCGAUAAUAUACCUAAAACACUAUGAUGUAUAUUGUCUUUUAAUAUACCUAAACUACUAUAAUAUGCUAUAUUCAGACCUCAAUCUUCAUCUUCUGAUCCCCAAAAGCCUCAAUUCGAAGCUCCUCAUCAAGCCAAUUUGGAGAAAGUUGUAAUGUCGAUACUACGAGGUGGUGUUCCAGUUACUACAGUAAACUUGGGCGAAGAGUUGGAGCUGAAAUGGAUAAUAUCAGAAGAGUUGAAGAAGGGUGCUGAAGGUGAAAGAUUAGGGUUUUUGGUGGAGGAAUGCACGGCCGAGAGAUUGGAUGGCCUUCCACCUGAACCUGCUCCGUUACCAUUGAUUGUUGGAGGGUAUGUUAAUUUAAUAUAUAGUUGUAGUAAGUAAUGAUGAUCAUGGUCUUGAUAUAAUUUAGUUGCAUUAAGUUGUUCAAAUAAUUCUUUGCCGCAAAACCUAAAAAUUUAAUAUUAGUGAUAUUGUAGAUGUCCAGUAAAACGUGUUCAAGACCGACUGAUCAAAGGACCGGUCGAAGAGACGGCUGACGGUUUUAGUGCCAAGAUAAGAGUAUUUCGGUUCGAUGGAUCGAAGAGAGUUCGUAUACGAUGCUCUAUCAACAUUUGCGUGGAACGGUGUGAUCCGGUAGGAAUUAUACUUGCCAUACUACUGUAAUUACUAUCUUACACUGAAAGGCUUCUUAGAAUGAUAUUUGACCUUUUACAUAUUUAUAACACUAGGUUUCUUAAGAACUUCAGUAACAUAUAAUUGCUUUAGGUUAAUUGCGACGAGAUUAAUUCGUCAUCGCUGACGAGUUUCGGUCGUCGAAAACGUCAAACCAUCAAGGAAUUGGCGUCGAUGAUUGAACAAUACGAUAAGAUACGGAGUGAAGCCAUGCAUAAAAAGGUACCGUAAGCUUUGUGGUUAAUAAUGAUACAUUACUGUCGUAAACACCGUAUUUUUCUGACACUGUAACGGAAUAGAACGUAACGUAAAUUGUAAUAUACGAGAGCGCUGUUAGGAUAACGGUAGGGAAAAGGAGGAAUGUUGUGAUAGCUGGGCUAACUAGCGUUUUUUACAACAGAACUAGCUCGAGCUGUAGAAUCUUCUAUAUAUAAUGUAUUACUUGUCAUGUCAAAGGAAACCAGCUCUCUUAUAACGUCUUUCAGCUACUACAAGGAGAAACAAUAGAACAAAGUUUGGCACAAGGAUCGUUCACAAUAUUGGAUCCGUCUGGUGAAAAAGAAGGUCCGGCUGUCACUACGUUGCCAUUGAUUAAGACCACUAUGAUGAACUUGGUCAGUUCAGACGAGAACAAAGAAUUAAAACAGUUUGGAGAGGGUGUUCUCAAUAAUACGAUGGAAUGUGGUGAGAAUUAUAACAUUUUUUUAUAUCGUAUUUUAAACAAUAGAAGUUUGGUAACUGAGGUUUUAUAUUAACAUAGCUGAGUCUACAGCUGGAGUGUACUGUAUACAGCCAGCCGUUGUCAAAAAAUAGUGAACUUUUUUAUUUUCUACAUAACUUUUGUCGUAGUUAUCCGAUUCUUAUGAAACAAAGUUUGUUUUGGUAGCUGCUGAACCUACUAUCAUAACCAAAUGACAAAUUACUUAAAAUAUGUCAUCAUGACUCAAUAUAUAGAAACAAAAAAUUAAGGGUGGACAAAAAAUAGUGAACUUUUCUGAAUCCUAUCCCAAACAUCAUUAAAAAGGUAAAAUUUAAGUUUUUCUUGUUAUUACAUAUUGUUUUAGUUAAGAAUGAAUGGAAAAUAAUUAAAAUCGUUAAGUUUAAAAGUCAAGAAGGUGAUCUUUCGACGCAUCGAACAAGGCGACCUCAUGUACAACAUCGCAGAAGGUUUUUCAAUAAAUAAGGCUAUUGUUUCGCCUUAAAUGCUCCUAAAUGUGUUCAAUCGGGUUAAGAUAUAGAGUUUGUAAAUGCCAAAGCAAAAUACGAACUUUUAGUCUACUAAACAUAGAAUUUGCCUGUUGUGGUAUGUGCCUUGGGUCAUUGUCUUGUUGAAAAAAAUCCACCCCUUGGAAUUUUUACCUUAGUAAACGGAUGCAUAUGCUUCUCAAUACUGUCAGCGUAAGUUCUAUUAUCCAUCCACCCAUCAACAAGGACUAACGGACCAACUUGAGAUGAGGUAAAGAAAUCCGACACCAUGAUACUGCCACCUUGAUGUUUCAUGUUUAUUACCUGAUGCUUUAGGACAAAUCUUGUUACUUUUUUUUGCCUUGCACACACUCCACCUUGAUAUCCAAAUAAACCAAACUUGCUUUUGUCGGUCCACAACACUUUAUUCCGCACCUUCUCAGUCCACUUCUUAUGUUCACCUACCCAUUUCAAUCGGAUCGUCCGGUUCUUCUUCCUGAGCAACUGAUAUUUGGUCGAUUUUUUUGUUCUUCCGUUGUUUAAAAAGCUUUAUGGAUGUUAUUCUUCUUAUGACGCUUCCAAAUUAAAGAAAAUGUAAUUUUGUUUAUCGAAAAAUCUUCUGCGAUGUUGUACAUGAGGUCGCCUUGUUCGAUGCGUUGAAAGAUCACCUUUUUGACUUUUAAACUUAACGCUUUUAAUUAUUUUCCAUUCAUUCUUAACUAAAACAAUAUUUAAUAACAACAAAAACUUAAAUCUUACCUUUUUAAUGAUGUUUGGGAUAGGAUUCAGAAAAGUUCACUAUUUUUUGUCCACCCUUAAUUUUUUGUUUCUAUAUAUUGAGUCACGAUGACACAUUUUAGGUAAUUUGGUUAUGAUAGUAGGUUCAGCAGCUACCAAAACAAACUUUGUUUCAUAAGAAUCGGAUAACUACGACAAAAGUUAUGUAGAAAAUAAAAAAGUUCACUAUUUUUUGACAACGGCUGUAGGUACGGUGUACUCCAAAAAAUAGUUAUGUUAUCAUAUGAAAAGUAAUAAUUUUAAAGAUGAAUUCAGCUUUAAGAAAGUGGAUACUGUAAUCUAGCGAAAUUUUUAAUAAAUAGCUACUGUAAGACAACAAAAUUUGUAAGAAAAGGGUACUGUAAGCUAAUAAAAAUAUACUUUCAGCGAUAGAAAACUCGAAAAUCUGUCUUCGUCGACCGGUCGCAAUUGGUUUAAUGAUGGUAUUGACUGUACUAUUUGCUUCACAGAUGUUUACCUUCUUCUCAUGGCUUCAGAAUCGUCAAUCGAAUCUUCAUCUUAAUUCAGCUAGUGCCUUGAGUAAGUUAAUUAUGUGAUUUUAUUCAAAAUAUCGUAUUUUAGUAUGGAGUUUGUCAUAUUAUUUUGUAUUUUUACUAAGUUUUUUAAAGUAAUUGGCCUAUUUUCAUAUAAAAACGAAAAAAUUUAUUUUCUAAUUAUAUUGUGUUAGAUUAAUAUUAUAAGAAAUAGCCAUCGCUUUUAUAUGCUCAUUUGAAUGUGUUAAAAACCGUCAUAUUAACGGCUUCACACCUUUAAUCAGAUUGCGUAUUUCUAAAAGGUUAAUGUCGAGGUUAAUAUGUGGCUUUAGGUAACUCGUCAAUGUCCAUGUCCACCAGCUCUUCGCUCUCCACCUCAACUCGCGGCUCGUUAUAUUACGGUAGGCAGAUGUGAGAGGUGAUUUGGGUGAUUGUUAAGCUUUUUGAGGCAUUGCCGAUCAAUAACUUGAGAUAAUCCGGAUUUAUAUUGGUCGUAUAUUGAGAUAGGUUAUGUUGUAGUACAUUGAUAACCAGAUGUUUAAUAUUUGGUUGUUCACGUAAUUUUGUGCUCCUAACCCCGAAAAUUUUGCUUUGAGAGCAAGCACAGUAUUAUGUACACAGCCUAAUAGUAUAAUAAGGUAAAAAAUACUGUAGGAGGCUACAGUAACAUUACAUAGAAUUACAACAUUUUUUUAUAAAAUCAGUAGCUACAGUAGAUUAGCAACAUCAGUAGCCAGUAGAAGUUACAGUUUUUAGCAAAAGGCAACAAGCUUUUCAGAUCCAAAGCCAUCGUGGAGCCGAUCAAGUCGAAGCUGA